CGUCACGCCGCGCACUUCCGGUUGGUGAGCUAACGUAUGUAUCGGUUUGUAUGGAGGAGCUCGGCUCACAGAAGUUAUUUGAUUAAACACAACGGACUGAAACAUGGAAAAACACAUGGGGGAACUGAAGGUGUUUGUCGAGAAUCAUGCAGUCGCUCUCACGGUUGCCUUUGUUGCAGGUGCCAGUGCACUGGCCUUGCGUAGGUGGGUGGCUGGGGGAACAUGUCGGAGCAAGGCCAGGCUGGAUGGAAAAACUGUCCUGAUCACAGGAGCCAACACUGGCAUUGGGAAGGAGACGGCUCUGGACAUGGCCCACCGAGGGGCCAGAGUGAUCUUAGCCUGCAGGGACUUGACCCGAGCUCGUAUUGCAGCUGAUGACAUCCGGCAGAAGAGUGGAAAUGGCAACGUGGUGGUGAAAAAACUGGACCUGGCCUCGCUGCGGUCAGUCAGGGAUUUCUCUAAAGAUAUUCAAGAGAGCGAGGAGCGCUUGGACAUCCUCAUCAACAAUGCAGGAAUCAUGCGGUGUCCUAAGUGGCAGACGGUGGAGGGUUUUGAGAUGCAGUUCGGUGUCAAUCACCUGGGACAUUUCCUUCUCACCAACUCACUCUUGGACCUGAUGAAGAAGUCCACUCCAAGUCGUAUUGUUGUCGUCUCCAGCCUGGCGCAUGAGAGUGGUGAAAUAAGUUUUGAUGACAUCAACCUGGACAACGACUACUGUCCUAGGAGGAGCUACCAACAGAGCAAGCUGGCCAAUGUCCUCUUUGCCAGAGAACUUGCUGCAAGACUCCAAGGCACUGGUGUGACAGUGUACAGCCUUCACCCCGGGGUGAUUCGCACAGAGCUGGGCCGUUAUUACAUUCCCACUUUACCCCUGUGGAAGCGGAUACUGGUAAAGCCCCUGGUGAUGCUUUUUCUCAAAACUCCCUGGGAAGGAGCUCAGACCACAAUCUACUGCGCCGUGGAUGAGAGUGUGGCCAAUCAGAGCGGCCUUUACUACAGUGACUGUGCCCCCAAACAGCCGGCUCCACAGGCCCUGGACGAUGCCGCGGCCAAGAAGCUGUGGGACAUCAGUGCUUCCAUGGUCGGUCUGGCCUAAAACAUAUCAGCCUGACUUCUCACUGAGCUUCAUUUUGAAUUCUUAAGCGUAUGGUGUGGCUUUAUUUUGUAUUUAUUCUCUUAUAAAAUCUUGCGCCGGUGUCUCAGACCUUCAUGACCUGUGAGUCAAUAAGUUUCCACAUCUUGACAGAAGACAGUUACCAAUCAUUGAGACCAGUGUUUUGGGAUUUACCAGUGAAGGCAUUGCUGGAUCCUCUGAUUGGCUAAGCUAAGGUAGCCAAUGGGAAGCAGAAUAGCGACGUAGCCAAGGUUUAUGUCAUAAAACUGGUUGUGUCUCCACAGCCUAAAUUAAAUAAUGAGUAAAAAUAUUCAGUGUUCAGUCUCGGACGGAUUUCAAUCUGUCUAAUUGUUACAAAACGGCUACAGUUUCUGGACGAUAGGUCACGUCUACGUAUUAGUUUUAUAACCUGCCUGUGAGAAAACUGUGCUUUUACACAUUAGCCUAAAGAACAAAUAGACAGUGUAUGAAUGUAACAGUCCAGCAAGUUUGACAAGGUGUUGAUCGUAUCCUUCAUCACUGACUCCAUUCAUCUGUGGAUGAAGGUGAAGCGCCGUCUCCUCCGCUGCUGGACUGUCGUUAAACUCGUCAUCAGCAUCAGUUCCUGUUAGUCUGUUAAUAUCUUUUCUGCUGCCUGGUUUAUAAUCUGCAAAUUAAUUCACAAAUGUGGCUUUUUUUCUUUUGUGUUGCGCCUGUGUUCUUUAAGGAAGUCUUAUCUAUAGUUUAUCAGAUAAAUUCUUCUGUGUCUUGGACUUCUCACUUUUCAUCAGACAUUGAGUCGAGCAGUGAUUGAAAAUAAAAUUAAACAAAAUAAGAGUUAACAGAACAAAACCUUUUAAUUCACACUACUUUUUCAUUUUUCCAUGCUGAAGUCCUGCAAAAUAGAUUUGACCUUUGACCUCUUCACAGCUAAAAGCACAUAAUUCCACAUACAGUGAAGCCCAAUGAUGACAAGUUGUGAUUCUUCUCUAAUAAACUCAGAUCCUUCUGUCAGACA